AUGUCGCGUAUACCUUCUAGUUUCGACUUCACCCAAAGGGAUUUGGAUGAAAUGACCUUUGGUGAAAGGAUUGUUUACCAUUGUAAAAAGCAACCAUUGGUACCCAUUGGAUGUCUACUGACGACUGGUGCGGUCAUUCUAGCAGCCCAAAAUGUCCGUCUUGGUAAUAAAUGGAAGGCUCAGUAUUACUUCCGCUGGCGUGUGGGUCUACAAGCAGCUACAUUGGUCGCGCUAGUUGCGGGUUCGUUCAUCUAUGGGACUUCUAGUAAGGAACUGAAGGCGAAGGAGGAAAAAUUGAAGGAAAAGGCCAAAAUGAGAGAGAAGUUGUGGAUUCAAGAACUGGAGAGAAGAGAAGAGGAAACCGAGGCUAGAAGGAAAAGAGCCGAAUUGGCAAGAAAGAAAACUUUCGAGAACGAGAAUGAAAUUAAAGGCUUGGAAAAGGAGCUAAGUGACCUGGAAAACAAGCUUGGGAAGAAAUGA